AUGCGCUCCUUCUCUCCACUCCUCGUCCUCCUCUUCAUGCUCCACACCACGGCCGCGCUCACGGUCAACGGCAACAGCACCUUUGACAACCAAGUCAACCGCAUCUUGCACUGGAACGGCGACGACUUUUCCAGUCUCGGCUUUGGUCCCGAGGCCGUCGCCGGCAUCACGAUCGCCAUCGGCACGGUGCUCACGUUCUUUGGCUACAAGCUCGUGCGCCCGGCCAUCUUUGUCGCGGGCUUCAUCGUCGGCGCCGUCGCGUGCUUUCUCUUGGCCGAGCGCAUUUUCGCCAACGCGUCGUACAUCGUCACGGCGUGCUGGAUCGCGUUUGUCCUCGGCGGCUUGCUCGUCGGCA